CGGCGGCCUGUAUCAUCCACGGCGCGCUUCUGUUGCAAAUACUGGGGUGCGAACCCAUCGGUGGACAGCCGCAGCAGGGGUCCCAAGAAGUGGAGAGAGCUACUACCAGCGCACUGCCCGCGCCACGGUUGACUCGGGACGACUCACUCGGACGAUUGCCAGACGUGCGGAUAUCUGUCGGAAGAUCUGUUGGAAGAGCGCAGUAUCUCGCUUGGAGAAGAUUUGACGAAUCCUUCUCCGUCCGCUGCUUCUGGCUCUCUCUCAGAUUGGACCGCGGUCAACCUUAACUCAAACAUGCCUGAAUGGCCCGGUACCCGCAGAUGAGUUUUCGGUUUCGCUUCCCCUUAUUUAUGGAUUUCUAGUCCGAGCACUGCAGUGCCUCUACUACGCCACCUCACGCUUCUUCGCCGUCCGUCAUGAAGCCUGAGCCCUCACGCAGAAUGCCCUCCGUCGCUGUAACAGCUACGGCUCUAUGCGCCUUCAUCCUGUUCUCGUAUAUCUUCUCCUUCCCUGGGCUCUGGAAACGUUCCAAGUAUGACUUAAGUCGACCAGAAAUCGUGACUACGUAUCCGGGUGCUUCCCCUGUCUGGGAUGUCGGAACGCUCCCGGAUGUGUCCAUGUACUUCGAGCCGACCGUUCACUACCAAAUUAACACCACCGAAACCGACGCAGAAUGGGCCGCGCUCACACCCUUCGACGACGGGAUCGUCCACGUCGGCCCGGACCGCCAGCCAUUCAUGCUCUCUGUUUUCCACCAACUUCGCUGUCUCGACAUCAUGCGCCGUGAAUACGUCUCGCGACAACCGCCUGCAGCGGAACUUGACCCGCCUUCCACGGUCGCUCUGCAUUGCCUGAACUAUAUUCGGCAAAUGGUGCUGUGUCGACGGGACACGGUGCUGGAACCAGUCGUCGAUAUAGGAGGCGCACAUGCUGUCCAGGCCUGGCGAACUCUGACAUGCAAGGAUUGGAGGAAGGUGUAUGAGGCGUACGGUGAACAACAGGUGUGUAUGCCGCCGUUGAGCUGGCUUUCCUUUGACGCUUGUUACUGCACGCUAUGGACUAAGCUCAGCCUUUAG